CAGUGUGGGUGAAAUAAUUGAAUAACAUAGAUUUCUAAAUUUAUUUUGCAACGCUCGCGCACGCGACGCGAGCGGUGUGGUCAACCUAUUAGAGAGUUUUGGAACUCACGCAUGAAAGGGUUCGGGCACAUUGAGGACGUGGAAUGAUGAAUUAUAUCAUAUUGGCGACCGUUUUUUCCAUGGUUUUUGCCGAAAAGUCACCUCGGCUGAAAUUCAUUGUAAAAGAGCCGGCCAGGUACCACUUCUCGAAACCGGAGAACUACAUGUCAGUGUACCACCAAGAGGGCACCAAUGUGCUGUACGUGGGGGGCCAGACAGUGAUCUACGUGUUGACUUUCACUGACAGGGGGGUCCGCGACCUGCAGAUCCCUGUGGUAACCGAUGAAAACGCAAAGGCAGCUUGCAUCGCCAAAUCAGACCCACCAAAGUUGGAGUGUGACAAUUUCAUCACAGUCAUUCAGAAAGUCAAUGACACUUUUGUGGUAUGCGGGACAAAUGCAGGAACCCCCAAAUGCUGGCUGCUGGUAAAUGACACUGUGCUGACUGACGCCCCCACCAAUGGACAGAUGGCACCAGCCUCUGACAUCUCCCCUCCCUACCCCUCCCAGACGUCCGUCAGUCUGUCCGCAGAUGGGAAUCUAUACUCUGCUCUGUCAGCAGUAGGGCGUCACCCUGGCUCUAUCCGCCGGACCUACGGCACUCAGAAGCUUCUGAAGACUGAGACCAAGUGGCUGCAGAGCCCCCAGUUUGGUGGAGCAGCAGUAAUACCAGCCUCUCAGAAACACAAGGAGGAGAUCUACUUCUUCUUCAGUGAGAUCAACAAGACGGCCAUGGUGGACGAGGAGCCCUACAGGUCGCGCAUUGGCCGAAUCUGCAUGGUGGACGAGGGGGGCAUAAAGAACCUGUUGGCGGACUCGUGGACUACCUUCCUGAAGGCCAGGGUGAUGUGUGGUGCGGGUAGCACCCCCCAGCAGUACAACAACAUCAGACAGGCUUUUGCGCUGUCUGACGUGGCCCAGGAGACGAGGACCGGGGUCAUUUACGGCCUGUUUGCCAACGCCUGGGACACAACAGUGAUAUGUGCUUACUCCAUCGAGGACAUUGACCAGGCCUUCGCCACAUCCAAACUGAAGGGUUACAGCAGUCCUCUGAUUGGACAUCGCCCUGGCACAUGUGCCUUCAAGAACUCCACGGCAGCCCACAACCCUAAGACCCUAGUGGUGAUCAGGGACCAUCCGGAGAUUGAGGACGUGAUUCGUCCGGUUGGGGGUGCUCCGCUGAACCUGCCCACCGACGAUCACUUCACACACACUGUCGCUGCCAUUGUGUUAGCAGUAAACGACGAGCACUAUAGUGUGCUGUACCUGGGAACAGAACAGGGGAAAGUGCUCAAGGUUCUGCACACUAUCGAGGAGGCCUUUAUCAUAUCCCAGUACUCCCUCUUCCACAACGAGGGUCCUGUUCUAAGCAUGGUCAUCGACUCUAAGAAGGGCCACCUUUAUGUGGGCACGGCAAUGGAGGUCCAGCGCAUACUAUUGGCUGACUGCGGUCGCUAUGGAGACAGUUGCCGGGAGUGCAUUCUGUCUCGGGAUCCCUAUUGUGGUUGGGACGCAGCCAGGAGGAGGUGCACACCCAUCCCAGCUGGAUACAACAUCAGCACUGGGGCACUCACUCAGAGUCUGGAUCAUUCCAAUGCCUCUAUCUGUGGUGAAGCUGCUGCACCGAAGACCCAUAGGACAAACCCCAAACAGGUGGUGAUUGACUCGGACGGCCCCGUUAACCUCCCCUGCCCCGUGCGCUCCUUUCACGCCACCUACCGCUGGGAGAAGGACAACUGUAUCAAGCACUACCCCUGCUUCAUCAUUGGAGACUCCUGUGUGCUGGAACCCACCCCUGACCUGCCCCUUAAGCAGGGGGUGUUCCGCUGCAUGGCCACGGAGAACGGCUACAAGGUGGAGGUGGUCUCCUACAGGCUGGUGAUCAACAGUGGGCCUCUGCCUGCCUCCUUGGCCUCUACCCUGGGGCCAUGCCUCCUGCUUGCCUCAGCCACCCUCUGGCUCCUGUAACCAUUGCAAAUGCUAAAGCUAACCCCUUAGCCUCUAAGGCCCUCUCUCUGACAGACAAGAGAGGAGGGGCCACCAUACCCAGGUUAGGUUCGCAGAGCAUUGAUAUUAAUGGUCGGGUAAUGCGAUCAGUGUUGCCCACAGAGACUGUUUUCAGAAAAAAGUGUUUUUUUAUUUAAUUUACAUUGUUCAGGAAAUGCCUGAAAAUAAACAAAGCCAUUUAUUUUUUAAUUAUAUAUGGGCUUACCAUACUAACCAAUACUGUACUGUUUAAACAAAAAAAUACCUAAAACAAACUUAAUAAUACAUAACAUUUAAACUUAAUACAUUAACAUCAAUAUGGGUUUUAUGGAAAGACAAACUAUAUUAUCAUGUCUUAUUCUGAAUUUUAAAUACAGAUUCAAACCACAAGAUGUGCUUUGCGAACCUUGCCUGUUCCACCCAAGAGAUGACGUCUCAUGAGUUGGGUUAAAUACAAUACCAGGCCAAUUUCUCUUUAUGGUUUCUCAACUUAUUUUGAAACUUGAUUGUGCUACUUUGUGAAUAUUUGAAGCUUGAAUACUGCUCUAACAUCCAAACAUCCUGUUGAAUGUCAUAAGUAUAGGCUAGUAUUUAGAAAAUGUCUGGUAUUGAGUAAAAAAAAAUGCCUUAACAAUUCUGGGACAUACCCCCUAAGCACAAUUUGCAGUGGAAGCAAAACUGAUCAAUUAUGUUGACUUGAAACUGUGAAUGAGGUGGCCAAGCCUUACUUUGAUGCUGGGAGGAAGUGUCAUCUUUUUGACAGGAAGUAGGUAGAAGAGCAUGAGCUCAUCCUCGAACAUCACUGUGUCUCGGCAAGUCCUCUGCAGUAAAGGCAGUUUUUGCAUCAUUUUAUUGGAUAGUAUCAGACAUUCAUAUUAUGCUACUUCAUUUUCAACAAACAUAAGUACAGUAAACAUCAUUCAGUGGCAGGUGAGGCCAAAUUAGAAUUGAGUAGAUGACAUGUAGUGUUAGUUGCAUUUUGUAGUUUGCUAUAUGAGGAAAAGAUUGGGAUUAUAUGAGUACUGUGUGUUAAGUAUUUUAUUGCUCCACAAUUGCUGAUUUCCACCAUUUCUGCCUAUGUAUAUGAAAGUUAUUCUUGAUGGUUCAAGGUUUUUUACUGUACGGAAGUCCAAAGAGGACAAUAAAAAAAUCCUUGUCAUGUCGAGAUAACAACUUAUUUAUCUCAUGAUCACGACAUAACAAGAGUUGUUUUGUCGACAUCACGAGAUGAACUCUAUAAAUAGGAGUAGACGCAUUGAUGAUAGAUUGACAGGAUGGCUGAGGCGGUAGAGCCCAUGGUGGAUCAGCACAUAUGUUUUUAUUGAUUGCUACACUAAGGGAUGGUACAUUUCAUGCUAACAUGUCGCUCAUUGUCAGUUUAUAAAGUAGAAUGUUAGCAAGCUAAAUGUCCUUUACCUUGAGCUAAAAGUGGCAGGUAGGCUAGUGGUUAGAGUGUUGGGCCAGUAACCGAAAGGUUGCUAGAUUGAAUCCCAGAGCUGACAAAAUAAAAAUCUGUUGUUCUGCCCCUGAACAAGGCAGUUAACCCUCUGUCAUUGUAAUAAGAAUGUGUUCUUAACUGACUUGCCUAGUUAAAUAAAGGUUAAAAAUAAAAGACCUAAGGGCUUCCCGGGUGGCACAGAGGUCUAAGGCACUGCAUCGCUGGCACCAGACACUCUGGGUUUGAGCCCAGGCUCUGUUGCAGCCGACCGGGAGGUCCAUGGGGCGACGCACAAUCGGGCUUCUGUAAUACUGUGGUUAUACAAUGAUGUUACUCUUUGACUGCUAGCGUCGUCUGGGUUAGGGAGGGUUUGGCCGGUAGGGAUAUCCUUGUCUCAUUGCACACUAGUGACUCCUGUGGUGGGCUGGGCGCAGUGCACGCUGACCAGGUCGCUAGGUGUACGGUGUUUCCUGCGACACAUUGGUGCGGCUGGCUUCCGGGUUGUGUUAAGAAGCAGUGCGGCUUGGUUGGGUUGUGUCUUGACCUUUGUCUCUCCCAAGCCUGUACGGGAGUUGUAGUGAUGAGACAAGACAGUAACUACUAACAAUUGGAUACCAAUAAGGGGGUUAAAAAAAGAAUAAAAAAGAUCUCUUGGGGCAUCUAAGAGGGGCAAAUGGGGCAUUUGAGCCCUGAACGAUGCCUGAAAGGCUGGCUUGUCUCCCAGGCUGUAUGCCAAUUGCAUGCAAGCAACAAUGCAGCUAACUUGGCUAGUCUUGUGAGUGUGUUAGCUAGGUAGUCUUAUUAGCUAGCUAGCUAGCUUAUUAGCUAGCUAUAUCUCAGAUUCCACCUUGUAGGGUGUUUCAUAGGUAAUAAUCUUGCAGGCAGAUUAGCAGCAUUAUGUAUAUGAUCAAGACUGGGUGUGCUCGAUUCCUGGCAGGCUGAUUUGAUUCAAUAACAGCGACAGAUGCUGCCUGCAGAUGGCUGUCUGCAAGGAUCCUUACAUAUGAAACAGCCUACAAGGCUGAUUUAUCAGCCUCUGAGGCUUCUAUUGAAUUGGAUCAACUUGCCAGAAAUAGAGCUCACCCACUUUGGAUUGUAUAUACAGCGCUGACAGCUAAUCUGCCUGCAAGGAGCCUUACCUAUGAAACAGCCUACAAGGCAGCAUCCUGAUUUAUCAGCCUCUGAAACUGAAAUGUAAUCUGAUCAGCCUGUCAGGAAUGCAGCUCACCCAUUGUAAAUGUGUCAGGCAUCGUUCAGGGCUUAAAUGCCUCUGAAGCUGAAAUGUAAUCUGAUCAGCCUGUCAGGAAUGCAGCUCACCCACUGUAAAUGUGUCAGGCAUCGUUCAGGGGUUAAAUGCCUCAUUUUGCGAUCAACUCAGCCACGGGGUCUUUGAUGAAGUGGUUAUCGUGCAUCUGAAGAAAUGAAUGGAUGAUGCGUGGUACUUUUGAUUAUCUUGUGAUCUCGACAAAACAACUUUUGUUAUGAGAUAAAUAUGUCUUGAUCUCGACAUAACGAGGGAACUUUUUUUAAAUUCAAAUGUCCUCUCUUGGCUUCCGUAAUACUGUGGUUAUAGAAUGAUGUUACUCUUUGACUGCUUUAACUAACCUAUUCUCAAUGGGAAAAUCCAAUGCAUAAUUCUCAAAGGGGUUAUUUUCAUACUUGUAUCUGUAUGCUGUGACAAACGCUUUACAUAAUUUGAUAGGCUCCUUUUGUGAAGUAGAACACUUUGAGCAGCCACCAUACUCUGGGGAGAAAGACUGAAAUGAAUGAUUUACAUAUUUGGAAGAUAUGGAACAAAAUUCCUCUUUAAACAAUAGAUGUUUUUUAUUUAAGCACCUGACCUCAAAUAACAAUAGUAUGUUGGAGGCAGAGAAUGUUUGCUGGGAGGGAGUGGUUUACUCAGAGCAAAUGUUGAAUGUAACAUAGUAAUAUGAAUGUAGUUGCAACAAAAUGCAAGUCUAUUGUUCCCAUUUAUUGACUGUAGUAUCUCAGUGCUGAAGCACCGUCUUACAGCCACUACUGUGUUUUGAACUGUGCCACUGAGCUUUGUGGCAAAUUUUGAAAUGGCAAAAAAACCACUGUCGCCUGAAAAUAUUGGUAGAAAACAGGCUACAUAAUGCUGUUCUUAGAACAGUUUUAGCCAUAGUUCUGCAGGUUCCAUCUUUCUCUCUGGGGGUGGCUGUACGUUUGUUGUCUCGAGGUCUCAGGAGGAUAUGCUUGCUGCAUUGCACUGAUGCGGGAUAUUGACUGUGCCAAACAUAAGCUGUGUUGAGCCGCCUCAUCCGCCGCCUGCCGCUUUUCACUCACUUAGCACUUUGAGUAAUUGGUUUCCCAAAUUGCUUUCUCAAACUCACACACAUUCUUAUAUAUGUCACAAAUACACACAGGCAUAUUGGUGCACGCACACACACACACACACACACACACACACACCUCUUGUUUACCAAUCACCCACUUCAAUCUCAUUCCCUUUACUCUAGUAUUUACUGUUGCUUAUCUGUUUCAUUGUGUUUUGAGCAUGAAGCUGGUGUGUCUCUGGAAACAGUGAACAGAAGCCUCUCAUACACUAGCCAACACUAAUUAGGCAACUGAACCUGUAUCGCUCACUGCAGAGAAAUACAAGCUAUUUUACCAAGACAGAUGGCCUAGUGUCACUGGGUAUUGUUAAAAACGGUCAACGAAUCAUGCCUGUGCAGAGUUGAUUGUAUUUGGCCUUUCAUGGAUUUCAAAAGGGCAGCAGUGAUAUGGGAGUUUCGUUUCUCUGGAGCACUUUAUUUAAUGACCACCUUCAUAGCCAGGAGUCCCUGCUAUGACGUGGACAUAAACAGUGGACAUAUCGCAUGCGGGUGAUUAUCGUUAUCCUAGAAAGAUUUAAACCGGUUUGUUGUGUUCAAUUUACCCGUUCGAUAAAUAAUGCCAGCAGAGAAAUAGAGUGAAGUGAAUCGUAUUGUCUUUAAAUCCUUUCUCUGGUGCUUUGGACAGUGUUGAUUGCAUUCUGUGUCUUAGUACAUUUUAUUACCAUAACCAUAAUUUUUUUCAAGGACAGAUGUCUAUCUAUAUGAAGUGUUAAUACAUAUCCAUGUAACGAAUCUGUAACUCCAUAUGUUUCCCUUUACUGAAAAUGUACAGUGAAAAUCAAUAAAGUAAUCAACUACAGUA